AGAAGACUCAAGCUUCAAUUGGAAGAGAUUGGUCAUCAGGUAUGUCUUAAUAUCCCCAAACCUAUGGAAGGAUUGCCAGAAAGUGAAGCUACGACUAAAACGGCUCACAACAGGCCUAGCAGUAGAUGGGUAACUGUAAAAUCGAAGGGGGGCGCUUACAAACAUAUUAACAAUAAACAUAGGCUUCAACACUGUUCAGCUGAUAUUGUAUUCACAAAGUUUUUCUCCAUCUUUUUAAAUGUAUUUGAAAAUAGCAUCCCUCUGAAAAAAUGUACAGUGAAUAUUAGUACUAAUUACAGGAGCAGGAAAACGAAGGAAUGGUAUACUCCACAGUUAGGGCAACUGAAAAAUACUGUUAUGCUGUAUUCUAGUCUGUACAAAACCAGUAAAUCAGAACUGUAUAAAGACCUGUAUGCUAAAGCUAAAUGCAAGUACAGGAAGGCAAUAAAUGAAGCAAAGAAACUGCAUAACAUAGUAAACAUUGAAAAAUCUAACAAUAAAUGCAAGAAGGCCUGGAGUGUAAUAAACUCCAUUGCACACACUAAACACAAAGAGGAAAUUACCAUUACCCCAGAAGAAUUUAAUAAAUAUUGCAUUCAGUCUAUUGAAGAAAUUAGUAGUUCAAUAAUCAAACCACAUGAAAAUGCACAUAGUAUUAUGGACAGCUGCUUUGAAAAGCUUCCCCCAAGCACCUUCACUUUCACAGAAGUGAGCCCAAAUAAUAUCCUAAAAAUAGUGAAAAAUUUCAAACCUUCAAUUAGUGUUGAUUACUAUGAUAUGUCAUGUAAUUUGUUGAAAGAUGUUAUUGAUUGUGUGAUUUAUCCUUUAACCUUUUGUGUUAACAAAUGCCUAGUUGAAAGUAAGUUCCCCGACAUAAUAAAAAUUUCUAGAGUUGUGCCCAUAUACAAAAAAGGGGAAAAGAACUGUCCCGCUAGCUACAGACCUAUAUCCAUGACCCCAGUUUUUUCAAAAAUUUUAGAAACGAUUAUGUAUGAGCAAGUUAGUGCCUACUUGGGUAAACUAAAUAUAAUUAGUGAUAAACAGUUUGGAUUUAGGAAAGGUAAAUCCACAACAGAUGCAGUGGACUCCCUCGUAAAAUUAGUCCUAGAUGUGUUCGAGGCUAGGGACUAUGCCCAGGCUACAUUUUGUGACCUGAGCAGAGCUUUUGUCUAGAGCAUGACACUGUGCUGAAUAAGCUAGUUUACUAUGGUUUUGAUGACAACAGUAUAAAUAUGUUCAGGUCUUUUCUAGAGAAUCGUCAACAAGUUGUGUGCAUUGGUAGGGAGAAAUCAAAUUUGGUUAAUGUUAGGUACGGAGUGCCUCAAGGGUCGGUGCUUGGACCUUUACUGUUUAUACUAAUGAUUAAUGACCUGCCCUUAUUCAUAAAAUCUCAUACAAUAUUAUAUGCUGAUGACACAACUUUUCUACAUAAAAGCUCUGAUCUAGGUACACUGAAAACACUGACCGAAAAUACCCUUGCUCAGUCCUCAGUAUGGUUCAAAGCUAAUGGCUUCUUGCUAAAUGAAACCAAAACCCAGACACUUUACUUUAGCCUCAGAGAGAUUCCUAACUACCAGGAAUUACAAACUGUUAAAUUUUUAGGUGUUACUAUUGACAAUAAAUUGACGUGGGAACCACACAUUAAGAAUAUAUUGGCUAGGCUCUCAAGAGUGAUUUAUCUAAUUAGAAAUUUAAAAAGACAUGUUCCCAAUGAGUAUGUGAGAUCAGCAUAUUUUACCUUCUUCCAAAGCAUCAUCUCUUAUGGAAUUUUACUGUGGGGUAGUA